AUGAGUUUAUUGAAACCAAAUAAUAAUGAAGCUGAAUUAACUGAAGAAUUUAAUUCAUCUAAUCGAUUACAUACUUCUUCAUUAACCCAUUCUACAUCAUCAUCACCAACAACAAAACCUAGUCAUCCAUCUACAACACAACAACAACAUCAUCAUGAUAAUGAUGAAGUGAAUUGUGAUGAUGAUGACACGAUGAAAUGUCUUGGGUCAAUUAAUCCAGAUCCAUGGAUAACUAUGGAACCUGGAAAACAACAACAACGUAAGGAUUUGAUAUCAAAAUGCAAACGAUCAUUAUCCAGUGAAUUAGAUACUAAUAAAUUAAAACAACACCCUAAUCCUCUUCAUCAUUAUCCGUAUCAUCAUGGAUUUGAGUUUCCUACCAAUAAUAACACAUCGGCUAAUAAUCAGUCUAUCCCCGCUGGUUGUGGCGGUGGUGAUGGUUAUCAAAAAAAGACCGGAGUCGAACCGUGUUGCCUCGACCCUCCAACCUCGAAAACUGUGGUCAUAACUUCCGACAUGCAUAAAUUGAAAGCUUCAACUAUCACAACUCCAUCAUGUACAAUAUCAUUAUCACCAUCAUCCUCAUCAAUAACAACAACAACCUCAUCUCCACUGACAGUUACAACGAGAAUGAUAAAUUGGAAAACAACUACCUCAUCAUCACAAUUUAAAUCAUCUGAUGAACGUCAACAUGAUUAUCAUACUUUUUAUUAUGGAAAGAAUGAAAAUCAAAAAUUAUGGAAACCACGUCGUUUACAUUUUGUAUUACGCCUCCCAAUUAUUGGAACUGAUCCACAUGUUUUAUUAAUACAAAUCAUUGAAUUAAUAAAACGUUAUCAAUGUUCUUAUGAAUUUCUUAGUUCAUAUCGUAUACGUUGUACAAAAUUAAUGAAUCCUUCUUCUUCUUCUCAUCAACCCUCUCCUUGUUCAAAUGAUAAUAAUAAUAAUAACACUAUUGAUGAUGUUGAUGUUGACCAACAACUAGAACAUUGUACACUAACAACAUCACCUCAACAAAACCAACCCCAGCAACAACAACAACAACAGCCUCAAGUAUCUUAUCUAAUUCAUUUAAAACAUAAAACUAAUUUAAUCAUAUGGGAUAUGGAAAUAUUUCAAUUAGCUAAACCAAUUAAUUAUGGUGUACGAUUUAAACGCAUUUCAGGCAAUCGUAAUGCAUUCAAUAUUAUUAUGAAAUAUUUUAUUUUACAUACUACUAAUAUAACUUAA